AUGGCCGGCUUUGAAUGCACAUGUAACGCUCCUCCCCCUUCAUUUCUCCUUACCCGCUAUAAAAACCUUCACCGAGAGAUCCCGUCUCUCUCAUCUCAGAAUCUGUUCGUGACCCACAAAAAUUCAACUUCCUCAGACGUGACGCACCGCCAGUGUCUCUCAUCACUAACACGGUUACCUCUCAUCACGAUCGGUUCCGUUUAUUUUACCGGUUCUCGGUCUCCGACGCCAUGUCUCUCUCAUGUCGCUUUAUCAUCCUCUCCACGGAUCUGUAGGUUUAACACCGUCGGGUAUCCUUUCUGGGUUUCUAACUUCAGCUCUGUAUGCUAA